AUGGUAGAUGUUACGAACCUCGAGAAGCUACGCACAUGUGGUCGCCUGGAGACAUACAGCACAGCGAGGCAUCAUCUGGGUAUCUACAAGAAUGUUGGACUUACUGCGACCUACACCUCCUCUGCUGCAACCUUGACCUCCCUUGAGACGCUAGUGUUCGGGGCGCUGCGCGGGGUUCUUGCCAAACAUGCAAUUCUGGGCGCCAUCCCCCUAAACGAAGAGAAGUCAUAUCCCGACGUGUACUUUGCACGAAUACCUGAGAUUGAUUUCCGUACGUGCGUCGAAUUUCACCAGCGUGAAGACCCUUUGCCGAGGGACGGCGAAACGGAUGCAGAGCUGGAUGCGUUGUUGGUGGAACAGCACAACCGCGACUUCAAGGACGAGCUUGGGAGCAAACCAUUCUGGCGUCUUAUUAUUCUCACAUCGACGAAGAAACCAAACGAGUUCUCGGUGUCGUGGUUCUUUCAUCAUGCCCUUGCCGAUGGAACAUCCGCAUUUUUGUUCCAUGAGUCAUUCCUCGCUGCUCUGAACUCCGCAGCACCAGAAGCAGACGCAGAUCCAAUCUUCAAAUCGCUGAAUACAGCCCUAUUUCCACCGCUUGAGGAAUUGCACUCCAUGUCAAUAUCAUGGCCAUUCUUUAUCAAAGCCGUCCUCGGCACGAUCCUCCCUUCGAUCUUCGCCAAACGACCCAUGAAGCUUUGGACGGGAAAUCCGGUCCCUGCUGAAAUUGAUCUAGCCCAACCAAUUCACUAUCGCACCCUUGUAUUCUCGGCAGAGACAACAAGCAAGCUGGCGCAGGCCAGUCGUAAAGAAAAGACGAGCGUAACAGCCACCCUUCAAUGCCUCCUCGCCGCAUCGCUAUUCGCUAGUGUCCCGGCUGCCGAGUGCGAAAAGAUCAAGAUUGCGAGCCCCAUGUCGAUGCGACGCUUCUUGGAUGGUGUCGCGGAAGACCAAAUAACGAACGCGAUUACACAGUACGGUUAUCUUCACCAACGUCUAGCUGUAACUUCCACAGACGAAGCAGCGAAAGUGGAGGUGUUGCAAUACUUCUCAUGGGACGAAGCGCGCGCGGUCAAGGCCGAAAUUCAAACAGAACUCGCCAAAGAGGGUUGGGACAAUCCGAUCGCUCUCUUAAAAUACGUAUCCGACAUGCCCAGAUUCUUCUUGGAGCAGCUCGGCAAACCGCGCAGUCCCACGCUUGAGCUCUCGAACAUCGGCGUGUUCAGGGUUACGAAAACGGAAAUGGAGAUGCCAUGGAAAAUUGGCAGAAUGACAUUUAGCCAAACUCCUAAUAUGACGAGCUGCCCGAUAUGCGUCAACGUGGUGACAGGCAUGGAUGGGAAUGCGGUCGUAAACUUUUCCUGGAGAGAGGGCGCGGUUGAAAUGGAGCUGAUGGAGCAUGUCCUUGAGUGUGUUUCCAAGGGUGUGGAAGGCCUCACUACGGACCCGAGGCCUUGA